AUGGAGACCGUGGAGAAGGAAUGCGGGGCCCUCGGGGGUCUAUUCCAGGCGAUUGUCAACGACAUGAAGUGUUCCUAUCCUGUGUGGGAGGACUUCAGUGCCAAGGCCACCAAACUCCAUUCCCAGCUCCGAACCACUGUUCUGGCUGCUGUGGCUUUCCUGGAUGCCUUUCAGAAGGUAGCGGACAUGGCCACCAACACUCGAGGGGCAACCAGAGAUAUUGGUUCAGCUCUGACCAGGAUGUGCAUGAGGCAUCGCAGCAUUGAGGCCAAACUUCGCCAGUUCACCAAUGCUUUGAUGGAGAGUCUGAUCAAUCCUCUCCAGGACAAGAUUGAGGACUGGAAGAAGACCGCCAACCAGCUGGACAAGGAUCAUGCCAAAGAGUACAAGAGGUCACGCCACGAGAUCAAGAAGAAGUCAUCUGACACCAUGAAACUACAGAAGAAGGCUCGUAAAGAGAUCCAGGGGCGAGGAGACCUGCAGCCCCAGGUGGACAGUGCCAUGCAGGAUGUGACCGACAUGUGCCUGUUGAUGGAGGAGACAGAGAAGCAGGCGGUGCGGCGCGCUCUGGUGGAGGAAAGGGGUCGCUUCUGCACCUUCAUCGGCUUCCUUCAGCCAGUCGUGAACGGAGAGAUCGCCAUGCUGGGAGAGAUCACCCACCUCCAGGCCAUCAUCGAUGACCUCACUGUGCUGACGACUGACCCUCACAAACUGCCCCCUGCUAGUGAACAGGUGAUUAAAGAUCUGAAGGGGUCAGAUUACAGCUGGUCCUAUCAGACCCCUCCGUCAUCCCCAAGCAGCUCUUGCUCACGCAAGAGUAGCAUGUGCAGCGCCCACAGUAGCGCCUCCCGUUCGUCAGGGGGAGGCGGUAGUGGUGGCAUUGGUGGCGGUGGUGGAGGCUCCCUGCCCCACUCACCGACCUCCUCCUCAUCCUCCUCCUCCUAUCGCUACCGCAGCAGCCUGCCGCACCAGUCUCUGCCACCGGGGGGCAUCGCAGCCCACCGCCUCAGCAGCGUCUCCUCACACGAUUCAGGCUUCGUCUCACAGGAUGCGAACAUUUACUCCAAGCCCCCCUCACCCAUGCCCUCCGACAUCACCAGUCAGAAGUCAUCCAGCUCAGCAUCGUCAGAGGCCUCAGAAACAUGCCAGUCAGUCAGUGAAUGCAGCUCCCCCACCACUGAUUGGUCCAAAGCAGGUCAGUAUGAGCAGCCAGUGGCUGCGGCAGCAGUUCAGAGGAGAAAGGAACCUCUCGACAGGCUGAGGGAGAACGAGGCGUCGCCAAGCUCACAUGGCUACGCCGGACCAUCACACGCUGAUGAUGGGCAGAGGACCAGGAUCAACCCAGCUUCUAUUGCUGCCAAGCAUGGAGACGAGGUUUCUCCAGCAGCCAGUGAUCUGGCCAUGGUGCUGACCAGAGGACUGAGUAUGGAGCAGCAGAAAAGCAGCAGAGACUCCCUGCAGUACUCCAGUGGCUACAGCACAGAGACCACCACCCCAUCCUGCUCUGAGGACACAAUCCCCUCACAAGGUUCAGAUUAUGACUGCUACUCAGUCAACGGUGAUGCUGAAGGCCCAGAUGGACAGACCGAGUUCGACAAGUCCUCCACCAUUCCUCGCCACUCCAACAUCGCCCAGAACUACCGGCGUAUGAUCCAGACCAAGAGGCCAGCCAGCACGGCUGGUCUACCUAGCGGGGUGCUCGGUCCCGGGGGUCAUGUGAUACCAGGACAGCCUGGUGGAGCUGGUGGGGGUGGAAUAGGGACACCAGGUACUGCCACCAUCCGCCGAACCCCAUCUACCAAACCAGGUGUUAGGCGCACCCUGUCCAACGCAGGGCCCAUCCCCAUUCGACCACCCAUUGUGCCUGUCAAGACACCCACUGUUCCCGGAGACUCACAUUCGCCUGGUGCGGGUGGCAGUGGAUACGCAGGUGGAGGGCAUGCAGGUGGCGUGCCUGUGCGUGUCGGCAGUGAGGAGUGCGUGUUCUUCACCGGAGUGGAGGAUGCACAGGGAGCGCUUGAUUAUGUGAAGGCAUCACCCAAGCGCCUAAGCCUGCCUAACACCGCCUGGGGGUCAGGGGCGGCAUUGGAGGUCUACGCCCAGCAGCAUGGGGGCCUUGCAAUGGGAACAGCUUCAGGAUCAGAGGAGGAUCAGAUGAUCGCGGCGAAUCGGCACAGCCUAGUGGAGAAGAUCGGCGAAUUGGUAGCCAGCGCGCACGCCCUAGGAGAGGGUCAGUUUCCUUUCCCCGCUCUCCCUGAUGACCCAGCCCCACCGGCUACUGGCUCCAUCGACGCUCAAACAGGGACAGAGGGUGCAGAGGGUGACAUGUUGACCACCAUCAGGAGAGGAGUCCGACUUCGCAAGACCGUCUCCAAUGACCGAUCGGCGCCACGCAUCUUGUGAUUGGAGUAGAAGCAGAAAGGGGAAGA